GACAAUCUUACCGUAUGGUUUCCAAUUUUUUCGACUUCUAGUCAAAUUCUCUCACCUGAUUUCAUUACAUGGCUUUAAAUCAGCUCAUACUGAGGCUCAUGAGGUCAGGAAAAGGCAACGAGAACAAUUAAUGGCUGCGCUUCCACCGGAAAGGACGGAGUUAUCCAGACCGUUUACUAAUACUGGCGUGGAUUUCACGGGCCCGUUUGACAUUAAAAACUACACAGGCCGAGCAUGUCUAAUAACGAAAGGAUACGUCUGCGUAUUUGUGUGUUUCGCUACAAAGGCGAUUCAUCCGGAGGCGACGAGCGACUUAUCGACGUCCACUUUUCUGGCUGCGUUCGCGAGAUUUGUAGCAAGACGUGGUUGUCCGCUUCAUGAGGAAACCAACUGGCACUUCAUACCUCCAGGGGCUCCUCACGUGGGAGGAUUAUGGGAGGCAGGAGUGAAGAGCUUCAAAACGCACUUUCGAAGAGUAGCAAAUGCAAUGCGCUUUACAAUGGAGGAAUUCUCGACGUUACUGGCCAAAAUCGAAGCCUGUCUCAACUCUCGUCCAAUUAGUCCACUCUCCGAUAAUCCUGAGUCAAUUGAACCUCUAACCCAUUUUCUAAUUGGAAGUCCGCUGCUUGCGAUCGCUGAGCCCGAAAUCAGCGGAAACCCGAUGACAAUCAUCAACGGAUGGCAGAAACUAAAGUGGCAGAGGGUAAAGUGGCAGUUUCCUCACCGAAGGUUGACGAUUUCGUAGUUGUCAAAGAGGAUAAUCUACCCCCGAACGAGUGGCGACUUGGUAGAGUGGUUAGGGUUUUCUUAGGUCACGAUAACAGAGUUAGAGUGGUAGAUCUACUUACUGUCAGAAGAGGCACCCCAAGCUUUGCCAGAUAACUCCAGCGAUGAUGAGGUUCUGGAGAUCGACGCCAGUGACGAUGAAGUGCUGGAACAACCUCCCAAUGAACGGGCCAGCACACCAAACCCCCCGUUACUCAGACCGCCUCUGUCGAGUGUACGGUCCGUGGUUCAGCGGCCACACCCACCAGCGGAAGAUAGAAGUGUCUCAUCAAGCAGGCGUAAUAACAAACCACAAAGGCGGCCUCAGGCGGUGAGAGACGCCCGCGAGCGAAUCAAAGGAUCCGCUCGGAGUGCAUUGGGCGUGUCUGUCCUCACGCCAACUGUGCUGGUGAGAGUGGUGGCAAGCGGCAGAGGACACCCGGUCCGUGCCCUGAUCGACCCAGGGCAAUCGAGAUCGUCAAUAUCAAGAGCUCUGGCGAGACGACUACAAC